AGAGCACCACACCAGCCCCUGGCAGUACCAUUCAGAGCACCACACCAGCCCCUGGCAGUACCAUUCAGAGCACCACACCACACCCUGGCAGUACCAUUCAGAGCACCACACCAGCCCCUGGCAGUACCACUCAGAGCACCACACCAGCCCCUGGUAGUCAAAUCAAAUCAAAUGUAUUUAUAUAGCCCUUCGUACAUCAGCUGAUAUCUCAAAGUGCUGUACAGAGACCCAGCCUAAAACCCCAACAGCAAGCACUGCAGGUGUAGAAGCACCACACCAGCCCCUGGCAGUACCAUUCAGAGCACCACACCAGCCCCUGGCAGUACCAUUCAGAGCACCACACCAGCCCCUGGCAGUACCAUUCAGAGCACCACACCAGCCCCUGGCAGUACCAUUCAGAGCACCACACCAGCCCCUGGCAGUACCAUUCAGAGCACCACACCACACCCUGGCAGUACCAUUCAGAGCACCACACCAGGCCCUGGCAGUACCAUUCAGAGCACCACACCAGCCCCUGGCAGUACCAUUCAGAGCACCACACCAGACCCUGGCAGUACCAUUCAGAACCCCACACCAGCCCCUGGCAGUACCAUUCAGAGCACCACACCACACCCUGGCAGUACAAUUCAGAGCACCACACCAGACCCUGGCAGUACCAUUCAGAGCACCACACCAGCCCCUGGCAGUACCAUUCAGAGCACCACACCAGCCCCUGGCAGUACCAUUCAGAGCACCACACCACACCCUGGCAGUACCAUUCAGAGCACCACACCAGCCCCUGGCAGUACCACUCAGAGCACCACACCAGCCCCUGGUAGUCAAAUCAAAUCAAAUGUAUUUAUAUAGCCCUUCGUACAUCAGCUGAUAUCUCAAAGUGCUGUACAGAGACCCAGCCUAAAACCCCAACAGCAAGCACUGCAGGUGUAGAAGCACCACACCAGCCCCUGGCAGUACAAUUCAGAGCACCACACCAGACCCUGGCAGUACCAUUCAGAGCACCACACCCUGGCAGUACCAUUCAGAGCACCACACCACACCCUGGCAGUACCAUUCAGAGCACCACACCAGCCCCUGGCAGUACCAUUCAGAGCACCACACCAGCCCCUGGCAUUCAGAGCACCACACCAGCCCCUGGCAGUACCAUUCAGAGCACCACACCAGCCCCUGGCAGUACCAUUCAGAGCACCACACCAGCCCCUGGCAUUCAGAGCAUAACAAUGGUGUCAAGUCAAAAGACUCCAAUGUUGCCUCUAAAUUCUCCACCCUUAAAAUUGACUUCAAGACAUCUUCGGCAAUAGAGCCUAGUGGCUAGAGCGUUGGGCCAGUAACUGAAAGGUUGCUGGAUCAAAUCCCUGACAAAGUAAAAAUCUGUCAUUCUGCUCCUGAUUAAGGCAGGUGUUCCACUGGCGCCGAAGACGUGGAUAUCGAUUAUGGCAGCCCCCCACACCUCUCUGAUUCAGAGGGAUUGGGUUAAAUGCGGAAGACACAUUUCAUUUGAAUGCAUUCAGUUGUACAACUGACUAGGUAUCUCCCUUUCCCUUUCAAUGGAUUCAGACGAGUCCAGAGCCUCAGCCAGUUCCCAACAGACAGAGAUAGACUGGAGUAGAGAGAGACAGGCGUACCAGAGCCUAGACUAUGGUUCAGCACCUCUAACAGGGAACAGCAGUAUCAACCAUAACAUGCCAGAGGUAACCCCUAACCUCCAUGCUAACCUCAUCCAGCCUGGUAGUAUAGUAUUCAGUCUGCUGUCUUCCUCGGAGCCCACUCUACAACAGGUCAGCAGAUUUGAGGCAGCUUUCAGCAUACUGGAGGAGAACAAAUCAAAUCAAAUAAAAUGUAUUUAUAUAGCCCUUCGUACAUCAGCUGAUAUCUCAAAGUGCUGUACAGAAACCCAGCCUAAAACCCCAAACAGCAAGCAAUGCAGGUGUAGAAGCACGGCACGGAACAGGGUGGAGGUAGCCUUCAGCAUACUGGAGGACAACAGGGUGGAGGCAGCCUUCAGGAGACUGGAGGAGAACAGGGUGGAGGUAGCCUUCAGCAGGCUGGAGGAGAACAUGGUGGAGGAGAACAGGGUGGAGGCAGCCUUCAGCAGGCUGGAGGAGAACAGGGUGGAGGUAGCCUUCAGCAGGCUGGAGGAGAACAGGGUGGAGGCAGCCUUCAGCAGGCUGGAGGAGAACAUGGUGGAGGAGAACAGGGUGGAGGCAGCCUUCAGCAGGCUGGAGGAGAACAGGGUGGAGGUAGCCUUCAGCAGGCUGGAGGAGAACAGGGUGGAGGCAGCCUUCAGCAGGCUGGAGGAGAACCGGGUGGAGGCAGCCUUCAGCAGACUGGAGGAGAACAUGGUGGAGGAGAACAGGGUGGAGGCAGCCUUCAGCAGGCUGGAGGAGAACAGGGUGGAGGCAGCCUUCAGCAGGCUGGAGGAGAACCGGGUGGAGGCAGCCUUCAGCAGGCUGGAGGACAACAGGGUGGAGGCAGCCUUCAGCAGGCUGGAGGACAACAGGGUGGAGGCAGCCUUCAGCAGGCUGGAGGAGAACAUGGUGGAGGCAGCCUUCAGCAGACUGGAGGAGAACCGGGUGGAGGCAGCCUUCAGCAGGCUGGAGGACAACAGGGUGGAGGCAGCCUUCAGCAGGCUGGAGGACAACAGGGUGGAGGCAGCCUUCAGCAGGCUGGAGGAGAACAUGGUGGAGGCAGAGCAUGGUGGAGGCAGAGCAGUAGAAUGGGCCAAGUGACAGGUAGUGUAUCUAAAGACAGGUCAGGUGUGGCCUCUAGUAGCACAUCAGAUAACAACAGGUCAGGUGUGGCCUCUAGCAGCACAUCAGAUAACAACAGGUCAGGUGUGGCCUCUAGCAGCACAUCAGAUAACAGGUCAGGUGUGGCCUCUAGUAGCAGAUCAGAUAACAACAGGUCAGGUGUGGCCUCUAGUAGCAGAUCAGAUAACAGGUCAGGUGUGGCCUCUAGCAGCACAUCAGAUAACAACAGGUCAGGUGUGGCCUCUAGCAGCAGAUCAGAUAACAACAGGUCAGGUGUGGCCUCUAGUAGCAGAUCAGAUAACAACAGGUCAGGUGUGGCCUCUAGUAGCAGAUCAGAUAACAACAGGUCAGGUGUGGCCUCUAGCAGCACAUCAGAUAACAACAGGUCAGGUGUGGCCUCUAGCAGCAGAUCAGAUAACAACAGGUCAGGUGUGGCCUCUAGUAGCAGAUCAGAUAACAACAGGUCAGGUGUGGCCUCUAGUAGCAGAUCAGAUAACAACAGGUCAGGUGUGGCCUCUAGCAGCACAUCAGAUAACAACAGGUCAGGUGUGGCCUCUAGCAGCAGAUCAGAUAACAGGUCAGGUGUGGCCUCUAGUAGCAGGUCAGAUAACAACAGGUCAGGUGUGGCCUCUAGUAGCAGAUCAGAUAACAGGUCAGGUGUGGCCUCUAGCAGCACAUCAGAUAACAACAGGUCAGGUGUGGCCUCUAGCAGCACAUCAGAUAACAACAGGUCAGGUGUGGCCUCUAGCAGCAGAUCAGAUAACAACAGGUCAGGUGUGGCCUC